AUGUCAGGCUGCCUGAUGGCGAAGAAGGGCAACCAUGCUCUCACUGGCCUGCUGCACCGCAGCGAGCUGCCCACCGACAUCUUCCAGGCAUCGCUGCCCAGGCUGCCCAUCCCCACCAUCGAGAACACGUGCAUGCGCUACCUGAACGCCCAGAAGCCGCUGCUGUCGCCGGAGCAGUUCCAGCACACGCAGGAGCUGGCGGUGCGCUUCCAGCAGGGCAUCGGCAAGAAGCUGCAGCUGGUGCUGCGCCAGCGCGACCGCGCCAAUAAGCACACCAGCUACAUCUCCAAGCCGUGGUUUGACAUGUACCUGUCUGACCGUCGUCCGAUCGUCAUCAACUACAACCCGUUCAUGUCGUACAUCGACGACCCCAACUCGCCGUACAACGAGCGGGUACUGCGCGCCACCAACAUGACCAUCUCGGCGGUGCGUUUCAUGCGCACGCUGGAGGCCGGCUUGCUGACGCCCGAGGUGUUCCACCUGAACCCGGCCAAGAGCGACGUGCCCGGCCUCCGUAAGAUAGUGAAGCUGCUGCCGCGGCGCUUCGCAUCGUUCGGCGCCUACUUCUACAAGGCGUUCCCGCUGGACAUGUCGCAGUUCGGCAAUCUGUUCGCCUCCACGCGCGUGCCGCAGCCCGGCCGGGACGAGCUGAAGAAGUCGCACGGCUCGCGCCACGUGCUGGCCGUGCGCAACGGCCACCUGUACGCGUUCGACGUGCUGGACGCGGCGGCCGACAACCGCGACACGUGGGCGGCCACGCGCCAGCACCUGCUCGACACGGGCAACGGGCCCACGCUGGACGUCGUCGACUCGGCGCUGUUCGUGCUGGCGCUGGACGACGCGCGCAUCGACGACGACCCGGUGCGCGCGUUCAAGCAGUUCCUACACGGUGACGCGGCCAACCGCUGGUUCGACAAGUCGUUUACGCUGGUGCUGAGCGGCGAGGGGAAGGCGGCCAUCAACUUCGAGCACGCCUGGGGCGACGGUGUGGCCGUCCUGCGGCUUUUCAACGAGGUGUACAGCGACUCGGUGGAGCGGCCACGCGUGGGACCCGACUCGCGGCCGGGCGAGGCGGCGGUGCGGCGCCUGGAGUGGCAGCUGGACGCUCGCGCCGAGCAGGCGGUGUCUGACGCGCGGCGUCGCUUCCACGAGCACGCCGAAAGCCUGGCCAUCGGCAUGUUCGUCGAGCCGCGCUUCGGCAAGGACCUGUGCAAGCGCAGCCGCAUCUCGCCCGACGCCUUCAUGCAGAUGGGCUUUCAGGUGGCGUUCCACCGGCUCACCGGCGAGACGGUGGGCUCGUACGAGUCGUGCAGCACGUCGGCGUUCCUGCACGGACGCACGGAGACGAUCCGGCCGGCCACCGAGGCGACGUUGGCGCUGUCGCGCGCGCUGAACGCGGCGCAGCGGCCGGAGCGCGGCCAGCUGCGUCAGAUGAUGGACGCCUGCUCCAAGCUGCAUGGCGAGUUGACGGUGAACGCCGCCAAGGGCCAAGGCUGCGACCGCCACCUGUUCGCGCUGCGGCUGCUGGCCGAGGAGCUGGAACAGGACCUGCCUGACUUCUACAAGGACCCGGCGUACGCGGACGCCAACCGCUUCCGCAUCUCGACCUCCACGCUGUCCACGCCCUGCGUGGAGACGGGCGGCUUCGGCGCGGUCGAGCCCGACGGCUUCGGCAUCGGCUACAGCAUCCGCGCCCGCGAGCUGGGCGCCAUGGUCAGCAACUACCCGGCGCACACGGACGUCGAAGCGUUCGUCGAGUGUCUCGAGUCGACCUUCCAUGACAUGCACGGCGUACUGGAAGCGGUGCCGUGA